AUGGAUCAGUGCUUGAAGCGACGCCGAAGGGGCAAGAAAAAACUAAAGAGGGGAUUGGACAAGUUGCUGCAGGACCUGAAGCCCACUUUCAAGGCACUCGACAGCUGUACACAUUGGGCCUACGAUCAGCAGCUAUAUAUUCUAUUGUCGCUGUUGACAUUCAUCAAGGACUCGCGGUGUGUGAUUAAACGUUGCACGAAGCCGGAUCGUCAGGAGUUUCGACGCUCUGCUCUGGCCACUGCCGUGGGAUUGCUCAUCAUGGGUUUUCUCGGCUUUGUUAUCAAACUGAUGCACAUACCCAUCACUAACCGGGGGUUGUUGAAGAGUGUAGUGCAGUGCAAACGCUAUCGUCGCAUUCAUGUUCCGGAUAGUGAGCUGUUAUCGAAUAGUGCUCAGACGUAA